AUGGCAAAAGACGAAAGGAAGACAGUUGUGGUUGUUGGUGCCGGGGCUCUGGGUCUCUCCUCGGCGCUCACAUUGCUGAAGGCGCUUCCUUCCUCGAAAUAUCGGAUACUGCUUGUAGCCUCCUACUUUUCAGCAGAUGGCCCCGACCCGUCCUUCCCCAGCACGGCGGCGGGCGCUCACUACCGUCCGAUCCCAGCAACUACUCCUCAAUUGAAAUUCGAGGCCCGUCUUGCGAACACAACAUGCAACCGGUUCCGGAAUCUCGCCGCAGAGCAUCCGGAAUAUGGCAUCAAGUUCCUGGAGGGCCGCGAAUAUGUCUCUGGCGAAGCUGCGCCUGCAUACCAAGCGUUGCUCCCUGAGUAUAGACAACUAGAUGGAUUCCGUGUGCUUAACGAUGACGAAAAACCGACCGACGUCGAAUUUGCGGCGAGAUAUGAAACGUAUACACUUGACCCGGACACCUAUCUCUUUCAUCUCUUACGACGGUAUAGACUAGACGGCGGCGAAGUGAAGAGAGCGGAAUUGAAGUCUUUACAGGAAGCUUUUGAGCUGGAGGGCCAUGAUGUAGCUAUUGUUGUGAAUUGCUCCGGGAUGGGAUUUGGCGACCCCCAGGUGUUCAUUAUUCGUGGUGGGUCCCCACCUUCUAGUGGGAUACUUGGUUUGAUUGCUGAUCGCUUCUCAGGACAAACCUGCUUAGUUGCAAAUCUAUGCGACAAGACGAUUACACAGCAAGAUGCCGACGGUGGAUGGAGCUUCGUAAUCCCUCGUCCCCUAGGUGGCGGCACUAUAGUUGGUGGAACCAAACAGCCUAAUGACUGGAACUCCCUGCCGGAGGCGAGUAUACGGAACAAUUUGCUCGAGAAGGCGGCAAAGCUCUACCCCGCCAUGUUGAAUGCAGAAGGAAAAUUCGACGUGAUCCGGGAUAUUGUUGGUCGUCGUCCCGCGCGAGAAGGAGGCCUGCGACUUGAAGCCGAGACGUUGCCAAGUUCCACAUCCUCGAAAAGGACUGUAGUACAUGCUUACGGUGCCGGGGGGCGUGGGUAUGAGCUUAGCUGGGGGAUUGCAGAGGAGGUAUUGAGAAUGGUCACGGAUAUCUUACCACAAAGCCUUUUGAGCCGACUUUAA